UGAGCAAAAAAACAACCCCCCCACCCGAGCCAAACACACACAAAAGCAGAAAGAAAGGGUCGUGCUCAGCAGCAGCAUGGAUGUCUUGGCUAGUUAUAGUAUAUUCCAGGAACUCCAGCUUGUCCACGACACCGGCUACUUCUCAGCUUUGCCAUCCUUGGAGGAGAACUGGCAGCAGACAUGCCUGGAGUUGGAGCGAUACCUUCAGACUGAACCACGGAAGAUCACUGAGACCUUUGGUGAGGAUUUGGACUGCUUCCUUCAUGCCUCCUCAGCCAUAGAUGCAGAGGAUGAUAUCCGACAGCUAGACCCCAUCCUUUUACCAGUGGAGACGAGUACGUGUGACAAAAGCACCAACAUGGACAUUAUCCUCUCACGGGACAAGCUGCUGUCUGAGACGUGCCUCAGCUUGCAGUCCACGAGCUCUUCCACAGAAAGCUACACAGCCGUCAACCAGGCCCAACUCAAUGCUGUAACCUCAUUAACACCCCCCUCCUCUCCAGAGCUCAGCCGCCACCUUGUAAAAACCUCACAAACUCUCUCAGCAGUGGAUGGCACGGUGACAUUGAAAUUGGUGGCCAAGAAAACUUCACUUAGCUCUGUGAAAGUGGGUGUAGCAACAGCGACUGCGGGGACAAUAAAAAGUGGUCAAAGUGACAGUGAACAAGGAGGUACAGGGGCAGAAGCGUCCCCAGAAAACAAGAAGAGGGUUCAUCGCUGUCAAUUUAAUGGGUGCCGGAAGGUUUAUACAAAGAGCUCCCACUUAAAGGCUCACCAGAGGACUCAUACAGGUGAGAAGCCUUACAAGUGCUCGUGGGAAGGGUGCGAGUGGCGUUUUGCACGGAGCGACGAGCUCACGAGGCAUUACAGAAAGCACACGGGUGCAAAGCCCUUUAAAUGCAACCAUUGUGACAGGUGUUUUUCCAGGUCUGAUCACCUCGCCCUUCACAUGAAGAGACACAUCUGAAUAUCAGUCAGCUUGGCAUGGAUGCCACCUGAGCUAAGCGUUGUGAGAUGAAAGUGGGACUCAAGUUACAACGUGCUGCCUUGCAGGAGACGAGAACUUGACCACAUGUAAUCCUCUGUACAGAGACCACACACUCACACUGUCAUGCGCCCAGUUAUACUUAAAUAUAUACAUCGGUUCUUUACGCCUUGCCCCAGCUGGAUGGUAGAAGACGCAGGCGAGGAAGUGGUAUAGAGGUGAAGUCAAUGAGGAGGAACAAUUGCUUACAGUACUUCAUCCCUCUUGGAUUUUUUCCUCAUUUUGCCAGUGGAAAUCAAAGAAAAUGGAGGAGGCUUCCCUGCAGGUGGACGGCAGUAGGAGGGGCUUAUUUAACUUGCUUCUCAGUGCAACUCAAUAGGAGAAUGUGUCGUCUUGAGGUUGCAUAUUUGUAGCACUAAAAUUCUUUUUAAAUAGAUGGGGGAAAACAAUGACCUAGAAAACCAAAUCCCAGUUUGGUAGCCAAAAUUAACCUCUUGGUUCAUUUGUUCUUUGUCUGAGAAUUCCUAAUGUUCAAUGCGUCAGACUUCUCACAGACAGUUUGACCUGUCUUGGUUUUGUUUCUUCUUCCUAGAACUGAGCUAUUGAGAUCCUUUUAAGUCAAUACCAGUGGCCUUAAUGGCAGUAGACUGUGGAGUGACACUUGUGACACAAAUAUCCUCUUUUUGGCCUGAGUUUAUGUAGACUUCACAGAAGACUAUAUUUUUGUUGAUUGUUGUUAUUUUAAUUUUUGUUUUGGCUAUUGCACAACAUAUGCACUAGGGACUCUGGAAGCUGCUGCCAUGAUGGCUAAGUGGCCAAGGGAUAAGCCCCUGAGAAACAGCACCUAAUAUCUCUGUAUCUCAUCUUAUUGCCAUUUCUAGGACUUCUUGCUUAUUUGUCGAACAAAAAAACUGUAAAAGCUUAUUUGGAAGCUUAAACAUUUUUUUUUCUCUUUUCUCCACAAAUGAGUGAUCUUCAGAACUCCUUGUCUUCACCUGGAUAUCGGUCUGGGACUGGCCACACAGGCAUGACAACAGGAUUCCUUCCACAUCGUGUGAGCAUGUUAGCCACAACCCACAAUGACUUAGUGAUGAAUUAUGUUGCUCUUUCUUGCUGUUCUUGUAUUAACCGAUUUAAAGCAUUAGACUUUUGUUUGUGUAAAGAGCACCUGCAGAUGUUUUAAUUUAAAGCUAAUUUUUUGUUGAGCAUCCUAAACACAAAGUAACCCACAAACCAAAAAUCCUACUCCAGUAUCUGAGUGGGAAAUCGAGAACCUCUUCCAAGUACAAUGGCUUCAUUCAGCAUUAGCCUUUUAAAGAAAUUAUCAAAGUCCUCCUUUUCUAUUCAUCAAGUUGAUCCUGUAGCCCACUUCUACAUGAAAAAAAUGUAACAAUGUGAGCGGUGAAGGAAGGGUUGGAUUUUACAAACAGCAGUGAGGCUUUUCCAGAUGAUUAGUCUAAAGUGUUACUAACCUAAAGGUCCAUUUUGGUCUAUUGUGUGAACUGUCAAGGAGGAGUAAAGUUCUUAUGCUCACCGUUCAGUCCUAUUGAUAAUUUGACUUCGUUGGCUCAAAAUGGAUUAAGAUCUUCAUUACAAAAGAAAAACAAAAAAGAUGUAUCUUGCCAUAACUUGCAUUUGAAACUAUUUGGCACUGGCCAGACUCCAAAGACUGCAUUUAGGACCAUAAAAGUGGCCUAUGCAAGCAGGCAGGUGGUCGUUAGGUUGUAUAUUUUGUAUAUUCUGAGACCAUCCCUACAAGAUGUGUCUAGAAAUGAAACAAAAUGACGUGUGGUCCACAAAUGAUUGCUGCUCUUUUAUACUGUAUUAGCCAACUGCCCUUCUUUGACUGUUUUGACUUGUUGACUGUUAAAUAUUUCCCUUAAUUUGUGUUUUGGGAGGUAAAAUUGUACUCUUAGGGAGAAAAAGAACAAAAAAAGAAACUUGAUAGAUGUUUAAGAGCCGUCACCGGGAUCCCUGGCACUUGAAUUCUCAGCAUUUUGCAACCUUUGCUUCCAGUGAGAGAUUUAAUUUACUCAAAAGAUCCUGUUUUUCCUCACAGUUUUCACAAAACACUGUGACUGUCAACUGAACGCUUUGGGGACAGGGGGAAAAUACGAUGUCUGGGCCAUAUAGCAUGAAAUAUGGACCAAAAUCUAACCAUCUUUUAAGGACAAUGGUAUAACAUUUGUGGUAAGAGCAUGAGAGAGAGUAAGAGAGAGUGAAAGAAACGAAAGAAAGAAAGAAAGACAGAGAGAAAGAGAGAGAGAGAACGGAAAUUGAGUUUAUUCCAAAGAUUUAAAACUAACUGUACUCUAUAUGUGUAUGUAUAUAUGCUUCUAUAUAUAUGUAUACAUUUAAAAUUUGUGGAGCACUGCUUGCUGACAAUCUCGUAUUUCUCUACUUCUGUAUUUGCAUAAUUUUUAUGGCCAUUCCACCCAGCUGUUCCACUGGGACUGAGGGCCCUACAAUCCAAUUUGUGUUGGAAUAUAUAGAGCAUCCUGCCAGAUGUCUAACGGGAACUGAAACCUCAGCUGUGUGAAACUGUAGAGCAUCCAGUCAGUGCAUUAGAUUAAGAAAAGGAUAAGCAAAUCCUAAAAUUUCAUUACCGUAGUGUCCUAAAAUUUCAUUACCGUAGUGUCCUAAAAUGUGUGCUCUCAAACCCACCACUAUGAUACUCGUUGGCUGUGAAGCUGCAUAAAUAUCCUCCUUUGACCUCUGAACACACUUGCCUUCAGAUGUGCUAUUGGUAGUCUAUGAACUUUAAUUAUUAAUUAAGUUUAAGUACCAGACUCUUACUUAAAAUGGAAAAAAUCAAGCAAGACUGUUUAUUUACUUCCACUUGUCAUUUAUGGUCUUGUUGACAUCUUAUGUGAAUAUGGCAGAACAAGGCCCCAUGGAAAAAAACAUGCUGAAAUGUCUCAUUAUUUCAUUCUAGAGGCAGGCCUACAUCUAAAUCAUGGAUAAAAAACAUGAAAAAACAUAGAGAAAAGAGGGAUAAGAGACUUAAUCAGAUUUCAGCCUUCUCAGGCACUCUCUGCAGCACGUCUUGAACUCUGAAGCCAAAUUUUUGGCUUUGGGACCAUGUCUUCUGUUUGUAAAGGGAGAUGUUUUUCAGCUGUAUACUUGGUAUACUCAGUCAGUCUCUGGACUUCAGGUUUUGGGUGUUCAUAUGCCAGCGUCUUAGUCAUUGCUAAAAUUUUGAACCAUAGCUGGUGUUUGUAGAAGUCUUCAUUUUGAAAAGGCAUAAUUAGUGACACGUUCCAGGAUUUGGGUUUUACAAUUACAAGUUUUGUUUCUUCACAAAUAUCUUAAGCUCUGCACUUCAAACUUCUGUGGUCUGCUGCAGCUAGAUCUUUUUUAGCCCUCUGUCUCCCUGUGAAAGUUGUACAGUUGUCCUCUGUAAACUAUGAGCAGGAACAGACUAGUGAGGAAAGGCUGAUCCUCUCUGUAAGACUUCUUGGCAGCAAACCCAUAAAUAGGUGGUUUGGUAAUAGUUGAGGACCGAGUCAUCCAGAUGUAGAAAGGAGAAGCUUAACCUUGUUUCCCUUAUGGGAGUUUUAUGCCUAUUUGCAAAAGAAAAGCUAUUAUAAGACAGCAAAUAUGAGGUUUUGUGAAUAGGUAAAUAAUAUUUCGGAGCAGAGCAGUCGGUCAGAACCAUGCUGGUGGCAAGAGGCCUUCAGAGGUCAUUUUGGCCAGCCUCCAACUAGAGCUGGUUGCUCAGGACCAUGUCCAGCCGAGUUUUAAAUAAUCCCCAGGGAUGGAAAUUCAACAACCUCUCUGUGCAAGCUGGUCCAAUAUUUGACUAUAUUUAUGGUAUAAAAAAAAGAAAAUUAGAGUUAAGUGUUAAGUAGGAAUUUUCUGUGUUCCAACUUGUUUUCAUUGCCUCUUCCACUGUGCACCUCGAAGAAGAGUCUGGCUUUUUCUCUACGCCUUCUGUUAGGUAUUUGUAGACAGCAAUAAGAUCUACCCUUACCUCAACCCUAAGGUUGAACCAUGUCUCCCAGCCUCUCUUCAUCCAUUGUAUGUUCCAGAACCUGAUCUCCAUGGUGGCUCUCUGCUACAGUUACUCCAAUAUGUCAAUAGUUUUCUUGCAAUGGGAAGACCAAAACCAGACAGAAUAUUCCAGAUCAAGACAUACUUCAUAUGUUACAGUGUUGAUGUUAUUUGUUUAUUCCAGAUUUUUUCAUUAUCCAAUUAAGCAAGCUAUACUGCAUGAUGAGAUUCUAUUUUGAAAACUUACAGAAGAUCACUUAGAAAGUACUGAUACAAAGAUUUUUCUAAUCAGAUUUGCUGAAACUAUGUAUAAAAAUAUGCUUAUAGAAAUAUGCUUUCUAUACUACCAUCUAGAGACCUAACAAACAAAAUUGUGUUCUUCCAAUAUAAUUAUUGCCGUUUUACCUUAAACUGAAAAAAAAAGUACUGGUUCACUCACACUAUCUCAAAUACAAGGAAACAUGAUGCUGUAUUUCACUCACUUUUUAGACAAAAACAACACUUCAAUACAUAUUUGUUCUGGGGUUUUUUCCCUUAGGAGAUAAAAAUCAACCCAAAAUAUAAUGUAUUUUAUAAAGAUCAGUCUAACAGAAAAGGGGAUUCCAGAGUAUUUUUCAUUAUUCCAGAGCUGAUCUUUUUCUAUAGCCAAUAGUCAAUCUGGAAAACUAUAUUACCUGGACAAAUUGGCAAAUGAAGAAAAGAAAGGACGGACUAAAAUCCUAGAUUCUUUUGACAUCUUGGACAAGGCCCUGAGCAGUCUGAUCUAACUAAACUGUUUUUUAAACAAAGAGUCGAACUAGAUGACCUCCAGAGAUACCUUCCAAUACUAAUUUUUCUGUGUUUCAGUGAUUCAUUUUACAGCUCUUGACUGAUUAAAUAUGUACUGGGUCUAGUUCUUCCCAGUCUUGUGCUGGCGUGACACACUGUAGAACUGACCUGCAGGAUUUCUCUCAAAUUCUGAUAGUUUCAUCCUUAUUAAACCUUACAAUGCUUCUACCUGAGAAAGCCUUAGGAAAUCUUAAAAAUCCCAAGCCCCUUAGCAAACCAGUUUGAAGCAAUAUCGUACCAUGAGAUGUAGAACAGCUGCAGGGACAAACCAGACAUGGAAACAAGUUUGGUAGCCUGGAAGACCUGUGUGGUGUCUUGGUCUUCCCAGGACCUGGGAUCUAAGCCAACAUAUAUUUCUUCGAAAGGUGAACACUGAUUUUUUUUUAUUAUUUUUUUUUUUAAAUUAAUUCUUCUUUUCCGCAGACUUUUUGGAAUUGGGUUUACUGUUUUUUCAAUCUAGCACAUUUUCACUUAAUGCAUGGAAAGCACUGACAAAACACAGAUGAGGAAGAAGAGCCUGAAUGCAAGAGGAGCCCCCAGAUCCUUGCUUUUGUAACUGUUUUGGAACUUGAGCAAUGAAAAGAUAACUAAUCACUAGGAUGUGCUCUAAAAUGGAGUUGAUCAAUAUGAUAGUUGCAGUGACUGAGUGUAUCCUACCUGUGACCUUUCUGGUAUCUACAGAAUCAGGCUUUCUCCCUCGUUUUUACCUGCCCUGAGACAAUUUAGGCUUUUUAGCUGUCUCUAACUCAACGAUGGUUCUUCUUAUUAAACCUAAUUUAUUUAUCUGUGUACAAAAGAGGUCAUAAUUAGUGCUUUUGACAAAGCUAGUGAAAAUCCAAGUUUAAGUGUUUCCUUUUCUCUGCCAGUUCCCUUAAAAUGUGUCAAACCUGUGAAACUCAAAAAACGAAAAUGGAGGAGAAUUCUGUAAAUAAUUUGAUGUUACUAGGCCAGCACCCACAGGAUCAAGGGCUUUUAUUCUUGAUUUCAUUCAGGACUUGGCAAAUCCUGUCAUUCCACCCAGUAAGACUGGUUUUAAGCUUUCAUAUCCUGGGUGACGCCUCUAACCUAACGUACUUAUGAAAUACUUUAUGCUGAUUUCAGAGAGAAUUGCACUCACAAAUAUCCUCACGUAUGAAGAACAAAAAUAAUGCUUGACAAUAACUCAAAUAUUUAAGUCUGUCUUGAAAAAUGAAAAUUAUUUCCUCCCAAGAUGUUACAGCUACUCAUUGAGAAGUCUCGACUGUCUUUCAUUAGCAUCAAAUCUAUGCCUUCUUGAAUGAUCAUUUCUAGAUCAAGUUUGAAUAUUAUUCUUCCUUUUGUCCCAUUUGUGUCUCUUUUUAUUAAUAGUUUAGGGAUGACUACUGCAGUUUUUCUCCUCCGCAGCUCUGCACUGGCUUCAGGGGCAAGAUUUAGCGAUGUAAGAAUGGUAGGAUCUGGACUACCAGGUACUAAGAUCUAUCUUCUGAAACUCAGACUUUCCUCCUCCCUUAGAGGAAGAAGUCCAAGUCAUACUUGUACUAUAUAAGUUAUAUAUAUAACGGUAUAGUUGUAUAUAUAAAUUAUAUACAUUAAGAAGUGGAGACGGGGUAGGCUGCCUUUAUCACCUCAAGAAAUAGGUUCCCCUACCUGGAAACUUUCAAAUGCAGGUGUCGUUUUUCAAACAGGGUUUUAUAGUUUUCCUUAAUGCUUGUUAAUAGCAUUUUUUUGGUGUAAUAAUUAAAGUUGGAACUCUUAGCGAUUUUCAAAAUGAAAGCUUUGAUGAUUUUUUUUAAGUGCUUUGGUCCUAACUUCUCUAUACUGCCAGAAAACAGGUUCUCCACCCUGUCUCUGUGUGGGUGUGGAUGUACAACAGCAUACUGUGUGUACCCACACAGAAGAGGAAACUGAGCUACUGACUUACAGUUUGUAGUAGCCAACUGUGCCUAUUGCUUUGAUUUAGGGAGGGCACUUGUUGUUGCCACUGCAUUUUAGGAAUCAUGUCAGCUUCUGUAAGAAAGUUUGGAAUGAUCCUGGCAAAUACCUGUUGCUGUGUACUGGGAAUGAGUAGGCUGCAAAUCUGGGGACUGGGAGGGGAGGCGGGAAGGGAGGGGGAUGAGGGCUUAGCAUGAACACACUAAAAGUGAACUAGAAUGGACAGAAAGGUGACAAUUUUAGCCUUUAUUGUUGGGUUCUUGGGGAAGUGAAAAGCUAACGCGCAGUCCCUGGAAGGCCUGAUGGCUGAAGGGCUGACCUUUGUAUUUUGCAACAUACAUUUUACCCAUUGCUCUGUAUUUUAAACCCCAGACCUGUCAGAUUCUGGAAGUAGAAUCAAAACGUUGGUUUGAACACUACUUUUUUACCAAGGCCAUGUCUCUACCAGGGAAGUUGCCCUACCCUAAUAUACUAGUCUAGUUAAAAUAACUUUGUAUCUACACCUAUUACUCGAUUGCCCAGAUUGAAGUUGCAUUGGCAUCCUAUGCAGUUAAGCUGAAAUGUAAGAAAUGCUUCAAUUAAGACACCUUUACAGAAAGGUUCUCACACCAACUUAAGCACUUGGUUUUGAAAUCACUGCAUAUAAACCAUGACAGCUUUUCUCUUAGAAACAAGGCCUUCGUUUAGCAUGUCUGCUCAUCUAGUUGAAAAGAAAAAAAAAAUAAUUCAAGCCGAGAUCUUUUUUUUCCUUGCUUUGUAAAGUGGCCUGUUUUGUUUCUUGUCCUUUGAAACCUUUCUUGCUCUCUACUACACAUUAGAUUUUUGAUUUGGGGAUUUUUUUUUUUUAGCAACAACAACAAAAAGUAUGAAUGCUCCCUAUUUAAGAAAAAAAAAAACAAAAAACAACAAAACAAUAUUGCUUGAAGGACUUUCAUUUUGCACUAUAAUUUUUCUUUUACCAGAUGUGUCUGACAAGUGCAUUUUGGAGAUGCCCUCGGUCACGUUCUCUCAGGCCUACUCUGGUAUUUCUAAUAUAUCACAGAAGUACCCAAUCUUGUAGCCCUCAGUUCUGCCUUUUUUUGACAUUUUAUUUUUUUUAAGCUUUUUAUAUCUAUAUAUAUAUGAAUAUAUUACUUUGUCAGUUUUUUUGCUGUACAAAAAGUCUUAAGAUUUAAAAAUAUUAUUUGUAUUAUAUGAUGGUGGUAUGUUAAUGUUACAAAAUAAUUAAUGAAGAAAAAAUUUAUUUUUGUUACUGGUCUGUUUCAUAAUUCUUUUUUAAAUUGGUAUAUUGUAAGAUAUCUAUGCAAAAAUGUUAUGUGACGCAUUUUUAUUUAAGAAUGUAAUAUGUGUAAUAAACAGUAGAAUGUGUUUGGCCCGA